AAUUGAUAAUUAUUUCACAGGUUUAGAAGCAACUUUAGUGCCAAUGGAAAAUUGUAAGAAACCUCCAAUUCAAGGUGAUAAAGACAAUAAAAGGUCAAAAAGAAGUCCCAAAAUUGCAACAAAAACAUCAAAGAAUAAAUUAGUAGUAAAAUCUCGAAGACAUAAAAUUCCAUAUAAAUCAAACAAAAUCGACUACAGUAAAUUAUAUUUUGGACCACAGAGAAGAGAUAUUUCAGAAGAAGAUAACGUAGAAGAAAAUCCAGAGGAAGGAAGUGAGAGAUUGAAUGCAGAAUCAGUUGAAGAAAUAAAUAUUAGUAUCGAGGGUAAUUUAGGUGAUGGUGCUCAAGAGAUGAUGACUUUUAAAUUAAAUGGAGAGGACGAAAUUCAGCCUGCAGAAGAUGCAGGAUCUAAUGAUGAUGGACCCAAUGAUGACCAAAAUAAUGACGGUGAAGAACAAGUUGAUGGUGAAGCUGAAGAUGGUGGUGAAGCUGUAGAUGAUGGUGAAGCUGAAGUUGAUGGUGAAGAUGAUGAAGACGAUGCCAAUGUUAUGAAUGUAGAUAUAGACAAAGAAGGGUUAAAACAUAGCGAAUCAGAAGAGGAAACAAAAAUAACAAAAACAGCAGGUAUCGACGACGAAGAACCAAAUAUAGAUGGCGUACAUUUACAGUAUUCACCACCAGAAUACGAUCAAGCAAAUGCCACAAGUCUAGAAGCAAAUGAUAGAAACGAAGAGAUAGAACCACAGAAUGCUAAAAUAGACAGUUCAACGGAAGAAUUGGAUGAAGUCAGUGUAAAAGAAGAGAAACCAAAUACAGAUAGCAGUGAUUCAGAUUUAAAUACAGACGAGACACAAAAUAGUGACUGUCCAACGGAAUGUCCGGCUCGCGAGGUGAUGGUAUGUGCUCGCUGCAAAGCGGGCGUUUAUAGAACGUUUCUAAGCGUCUGCCAUCUUAGAUUGUUUAGUUGUAAUCAUCCUGAAGAGAAAUUAGAACUAGUUUCUCGUCGACCCUGCAUUUUAUCAGCCCCAUUUUUAACUGGAAUGAAAACAAAAGGUAAACAGAAAGAUCCAAAUGACGAAGAUAUAAUCUUAAAGUUUAUACGAUGUCGAGAGAAAGGAGAUACUAAUGAUCCAAAGUGUAAAUUUGAUAAAAAAGAUUCGCAAUUACGUAAGAAAAUAUAA